UUUUUCAGUAACCGAACAUAAACGAAACUGGAAAAUGGAAAACAGCAAACAUGUCGAGAAACAAAGUUACACUGCUGCACUACGUGUCGUCUUUUUUACUCGCCGUCGUCUCCGUCAACUCCUCAACCACUCCCCUCGUCGGAGUUCAUCCAUUAGAUGAAAAAUACUUCGAGUCAGAUAUAAUCAGAUGCAAAGAUGGUUCCAAAUCAUUCCCUAAAGACCGUCUCAACGACAACUUCUGCGACUGUCUCGACGGCACCGAUGAGCCUGGAACUUCGGCAUGUCCGAACGGCAAAUUCUACUGUCGGAACAUAGGAAGUUCUCCAAAGUUUGUUUACUCUUCUCGUGUGAACGAUCGGAUCUGUGAUUGUUGCGAUGGAAGCGACGAGUAUGAGAGUAGCAUUAGUUGUCCCAACACAUGUGUAAUGGGUGGUAACGUUAACUACAUCUACAAACCUAGAACCGGACGUAAAUCUAUUGACAGGCAACUCGGUUCUGCAACAACCGAUCCGAAUAGUUCGAUAACUAUAGCGAAUCUUCAAGACAUGGUCAAGAAUCUCCAAGGUAUGAAGCUUGUCUUCGCCCUUCAGUUUGUUUUGAUCGGUUUCUUGGUGAUCUUGUGGAUGCUUAGGCGUCGUGUUCGGUCUUCCAAGAGGAGACGUUAUCUGCUGAAGAGUGUGCAUCCCAAUAGAUCAGCUAACUAACUCUAGGGAAACUCUUUGAUUAUUACAUAGUUUUUUUGAAUCUUUUACGCAAUUUCAGUCUUUGUUUUCAUGUCUUGUUUGCUUUGAGGAUUGCCUUCGCUCGGACAAGAAAAUAUAUGUUAAAAAAUUAGAAUUGGAAGGAACAAAAAUCAUGUUGUGAUU